AGACGCGGCGUGAGUCCGGCCCGGGGCUGCGGCUGCUCCAGUGCAGCCAGCCCUUCCCACGCCGCCGCCAUGCCCAUGAAGGGCCGCUUCCCCAUCCGCCGCACCCUGAAAUACCUGAGCCAGGGGAACGUGGUGUUCAAGGACGCGGUGAAGGUCAUGACGGUGAAUUACAACACGCACGGGGAGCUGGGCGAGGGCGCCAGGAAAUUUGUGUUUUUCAACAUCCCUCAGAUCCAGUACAAGAACCCAUGGGUGCAGAUCGUGAUGUUUAAGAAUAUGACACCGACCCCCUUCCUGCAGUUCUAUCUGGAUUCUGGGGAGCAGGUGCUGGUGGACAUGGAGACCAAGAGUAAUAAGGAGAUCAUGGAGCACAUCAGAAAAAUCUUGGGGAAGAGCGAGGAAACCCUCAGGAAAGAGGAGCAGGAGAAGCAGCAGCAAUUUCAUCCCGCCAACUUUGGCCCCCGGAAGUACUGCCUGCGGGAGUGCAUGUGCGAAGUGGAGGGGCAGGUGCCCUGCCCCAGCCUGGUGCCCUUACCAAAGGAGAUGACGGGGAAGUACAAAGCUGCUCUGAGAGCCAGUGCCCAGGACUAAGGACGAAGGUCCCAGGCCCCCAGGCCCCAAUGGGCUCGGGAGAUUGGAGUGGGACUACUUUGGUCCCAGAGAGCCUGGAAAUCUCUUGCAGUGAGAGGUCUGGCUUGCACGCCUGUAUGGAGGACCCAGAGCACAUGGCUGCAGGGCUGGCUAUCAAUAAAAGGCUGUUGGUGUCUCUACAGUGUGGUGGAUAUGGUCCUGUGGGAUUGUGGCUGACAAUCUCAGCCCUGAGACCUUGUCCUGGUCUUCACUGACUGAAUCUUUCUCAGACUCCUCACCCUGGAGGACAUGGGGGCUGUCGUCCAGCUGGGGCUAGCUAUGGCUGGCAGGGUGGAUGGCCCUCCUUUUGGGUCGUUUAGGUAUUUUUAGUAAUCCAAAGCAACCCUGUGUGCAGUGCUCAUCUUUUCAAUUGAAGCCUAGUUGCCCUUGCUUCCUGGGGUCCAUGUAUGGGCCAGGGUUUGGGGAGUCCUGUGGCCUCUCCCCAAGCCAGCCUCACUGAGCCUUAUCAGGGAGCUUUCCAGGAAUGGAGGGAGGGUGAAGGUGCUUACUGGAGACUUGGGGCCCUGCUGAGGGGAGCUGUGCAGGUGGCUUCAGCUCUUAGCUAGCCCUGGCUUGCUAGGUUUGCUUAGAGGGUGUCACGUCUUCCUAGUUCUUCCUUCAGGUACCACUGCCUCUUCAGCUAUACUGGCUUCGGCCCUCAGCAGACAGCAGAGCCCUCCAGGGUCACCUUAAUGUCUACCAUAGACCCCUGAAAAAGCUGAUCAGACAACUAUGGGGUACAGAAUGCAGGGCUGGAACUAAACAGGGCUUGUGGGGCUCAGAAGUACAGAGAUGCCACCCUCCCCCUCCCGAUGGGGCUUGGCUAGUCCUGCUCUUCGGGCCCUUACCUUGUUCCUCUGUACAGUGGACUGAGGGCAGCAUCCGCCACAGGAGGCAGCAGGCCAGCGCGGUGAGGGUGCUAGUGUGCUUCAGGAAACCACUGGCGAUUAUGUUAAGCUGUGUGAACUUGGGCCCUUUUCCAUUUGAUGCUCAGGCCUACGGCGCUAAUGUGUAAUGGAUAGGUAUGCGUGGUGUUUAAGUGCAAUCUAGCGCCUUGCCUGUCCACCCUACUUUAGAGAGUAGUAGAAAAAACACCUUUUUCACUGAAAUCCCUCCUGUGGGUGUGGGUGCUGGUCUUAGCCCUACCCAGCUGAGCCCUACUGUGGCCUCAGCCUAGCAACUCCGUUGGUAGCCUUUCUGCCUGGUUGCAGGGCUUCUUGGGAAGCAGGUAGUUCCUUUGUCCCCAACUUUAGGUCUCUGGAGCUAGUGAGACAGAAAGCUUCUGGGUGUGUUCAUUCUCUCUGUGGGUGAGAGGUAGGAGCCAGGCUUUGAACCAAAGCAGUUCUUUAUUUAGAGAACAAUGUUCACAGCCCAGGGGGACACAAGUCUUGGACUUGACUUCAGGCUUGAUCCUGGUGUGAUGGGCUAUGGGGUGCCUGCCAGAGGUGUGGUGAAGCUGCCGGAUAUGUCUAUGGGGUAACUGUACUGUUGGUUUGAACCAUUCCAUAGGCAGAUGUUGGCUCAUGGGAAUCAACACUGAUGGGCUGCUGUCAUCUCUUCAAGGUUUUCUUCUCCUUUGUGACAAAAGAUGGGAGAAACUCGGAGAAGACUCCGUGAGGACUCUACAUCUGACACACUGGUAGCAGUGUGUUCACCAGAGGGUUUUGGCCUUGUUUCUCCUAAGGGAUCAAUUUUGUUUUCAAGUUGUAGAGGCCACCAACUGCUGGUUUCUGGGCUGG